GCGCGGCACUGCGCCUGGGCUCGGCGGGGCGAGGCUCCGUGCUGCCGCUGCCCGGCCCCGCGGGGCUGCCCUUGCCUGCAGCUGCGCUUCGGCGGAGCGCGGUCCCGAAAUGGCGGCGUCUGUGUGAGCGGCGGCUCGCCGGCGCUGCGAGUGGGGCGGGGGCUGUCCCGUCUCUGAGGUAACGCCGCGGCAGCCGGCGCCGCCGGGGCUUGUGUUGUCCCCGGUAUUCUGAGAAGUCCGCUGCGGCGGGGGAAGGUACACAGACAUAACGUUUUUUGAAAGAGAUGAAUUCCUGUGAUCCAAUCCAAGGAAACAUAAGAGAGCAGAAAGUGAGAUGGGGGAAGAGCCUAAGGAUUGGAAAGACAAAAGGAGAAAGAGGGGAAAAAGCCUCGUACAAACCCCAAGUAUAACUGGCCCAGGUUUAUUGCUCAGCAGGACUGCACCUUUUGCUGGGUCCAGUGUAUGGCCAACAGAAACUAUGUCAGUAUCUGCGAACUCAGCAAAUCCUGAAGCAAACUGGAUUAGGAAGCCGUUGUAUGGAUUAUUUCAAUACAGUUCCAGUAUGAUCGGACUAGAAUCAUUAGCUGAUCCCACAGACACCUGGGAAAUUAUAGAGACUAUUGGAAAAGGCACUUAUGGUAAAGUCUAUAAGGUUACUAAUAAGAAAGAUGGGAGUCUGGCAGCAGUAAAGAUUCUGGAUCCUAUUAGCGAUGUAGAUGAAGAAAUUGAAGCAGAAUAUAAUAUUUUGCAGUUUCUUCCCAAUCAUCCUAAUGUUGUUAGAUUUUAUGGGAUGUUCUACAAAGCAGAUCAAUAUGUGGGAGGACAGCUCUGGCUAGUACUUGAGCUGUGCAAUGGAGGAUCUGUCACAGAACUUGUCAAAGGCUUGCUGAAGUGUGGCCAACGAUUGGAUGAAGCUAUGAUCUCUUACAUCUUAUAUGGUGCUCUCUUGGGCCUACAGCAUUUACACAAUAACCGGAUCAUUCAUCGAGAUGUCAAAGGCAACAACAUUCUUCUGACAACAGAAGGUGGAGUCAAGCUCGUUGACUUUGGUGUUUCAGCCCAGCUCACCAGCACACGGCUGCGUAGAAACACCUCAGUGGGAACACCCUUUUGGAUGGCACCUGAGGUCAUUGCUUGUGAACAGCAAUACGACUACUCGUAUGAUGCUCGAUGUGACGUAUGGUCUUUGGGGAUAACAGCUAUUGAGCUAGGGGAUGGAGACCCUCCUUUAUUUGACAUGCAUCCAGUGAAAACUCUUUUUAAAAUUCCAAGAAAUCCUCCUCCAACUUUGCUACAUCCUGAAAAAUGGUGCAGAGGAUUCAACCAUUUCAUUUCACAGUGUCUUAUUAAGGAUUUCGAGAAACGUCCUACAGUCACCCACCUAUUGGAGCAUCCAUUUAUUAAACAAGCGCAUGGUAAAGAUAUGUCUCUGCAAAAACAGCUGGCUGAGCUUAUCCAGGAACAGCAGCGGCUAGGCUCCGUAGCCAAAACAAGGUUUUCAUUGCCCCUUGCCCUGCCACUGGGCACUACUGAAAAGAGUCUGGCUCCAUCUUCUUUCCACUCUCCCUUCAGGCAUGAACGAAUACAUACCAGAAGACCCUACCAUGUGGAUGGAGCUGACAAGUACUCUCUAGAUGAUGAUCUGGUAAAUCUAGAAGUCCUUGAUGAGGAUACAAUUAUCCAUCAGCUGCAGAAACGCUAUGCUGACUUACAAAUUUAUACAUAUGUUGGAGAUAUUUUAAUAGCCUUAAACCCUUUCCAGAAUCUCAGCAUUUACUCUCCGCAGUUCUCCAAGCUUUACCAUGGUAUGAAGCGUUCAUCCAAUCCCCCCCACAUAUUUGCCUCUGCAGAUGCUGCCUACCAAAAUAUGGUGGCGUUCAGCAAAGAUCAGUGCAUUAUCAUCAGUGGGGAAAGUGGUGCUGGAAAGACAGAAAGUGCCCAUUUGAUCGUCCAACACUUGACCUUCUUGGGAAAGGCCAAUAACCGUGCUUUGCGUGAGAAAAUUCUUCAGGUGAAUCCUCUGGUUGAAGCAUUUGGGAAUGCCUGCACUGCCAUCAACGACAACUCAAGUCGCUUUGGAAAAUAUCUGGAAAUGAUGUUUACACCCACAGGAGCUGUAAUGGGGGCAAAGAUUUCUGAGUAUCUUCUUGAAAAAUCAAGGGUUAUAAAACAGGCUGUGGGAGAGAAAAAUUUCCAUAUAUUUUAUUAUAUUUAUGCUGGCCUUUAUCAUCAGAAGAAACUUUCUGAAUACAGACUUCCUGAAAAAAAGCCUCCUAGAUACAUUGAUAAUGAAACUGGAAGAGUAAUGCACGAUAUUGUUACCAAGGAUUCCUAUGGAAGACAAUUCGAAGCAAUUCAGCAUUGCUUUAGAAUUAUAGGAUUCACUGAUGAAGAAGUGUACUCAGUGUACAGAAUUCUGACUGGAAUCUUAAAUACUGGAAACAUUGAGUUUGCUGCCAUUUCUUCACAACACCAAACAGAUAAAAGUGAAGUUCCAAACCCAGAAGCCUUAGAUAAUGCUGCUGCACUACUAAGUAUUGGGUCAGAAGAACUGCAAGAGGCCCUAACCUCCCACUGUGUUGUAACACGAGGGGAGACUAUUAUCCGAACAAACACUGUGGACAAAGCAGCUGACGUGCGAGAUGCCAUGUCUAAAGCACUUUAUGGUCGACUCUUCAGCUGGAUCGUAAAUCGUAUUAAUACGCUGCUUCAGCCAGAUAAAAAUAUAUGCAAUACUGAAAAUGGGAUGAAUGUUGGUAUACUAGAUAUAUUUGGAUUCGAGAACUUCGCAAGAAAUUCCUUUGAACAGCUGUGCAUAAAUAUUGCUAAUGAGCAGAUCCAGUUUUAUUUCAAUCAACAUAUUUUUGCACUUGAACAGAUUGAAUAUCAGAACGAGGGAAUUGAUGCUGCUGCAGUGGAGUAUGAGGACAACCGUCCACUUCUAGAUAUGUUCCUCCAGAAACCCAUGGGUCUCCUUUCUCUACUGGAUGAAGAAAGUCGAUUUCCUCAGGCAACAGACCUAACGUUAGUUGAUAAAUUUGAAGAUAACUUACGAUGCAAAUACUUCUGGAGACCAAAAGGAGUGGAACUGUCAUUUGGUAUUCAGCACUAUGCUGGAAAGGUAUUAUAUGAUGCCUCUGCUUUUCUUGAGAAGAAUAGAGACACUCUUCCUGCUGAUGUAGUGGUGGUGUUGAGGACUUCAGAGAACAAACUUCUACAGCAGCUGUUUUCUAGCCCGUUAACUAAAACAGGUAACUUGGCACAGGCAAGAGCCAGAGUGACAGCAGCGUCUAGGUCUUUGCCUCCACAGCUUAGUGCUGGGCGUAUCAAGGUUGACACAAUGGAGGUUAUGCGACACCCUGAGGAAACAACUAACAUGAAGCGACAAACUAUGGCUUCUUAUUUUAGGUAUUCCCUCAUGGAUCUUUUAUCCAAAAUGGUUGUUGGACAGCCUCACUUUAUCCGCUGCAUUAAACCUAAUGAUGAUCGAGAAGCACUAACUUUUUCUCAUGAGAGAGUUCUACUGCAGCUACGAUACACUGGAAUUCUGGAAACUGUCAAAAUACGUCAAAAAGGAUAUUCUCAUCGCAUCCUUUUUGAAGAGUUUGUGAAAAGGUAUUACUACCUUGCUUUCAAGGCACAUGAGUCUCCCCUUGGCAGCAGAGAAAACUGUCUCACCAUUUUGGAAAAAGCUAAACUAGAAAACUGGAUUCUUGGAAAAACCAAGGUUUUUCUAAAGUAUUACCAUAUAGAACAGUUAAAUUUGUUCCUGAGAGAAGUUAUAGGGAGGGUGGUGGUCAUGCAGGCCUAUAUCAAGGGAUGGCUUGGAGCAAGGAGGUACAAGAAAGUCAAAGAAAAAAGAGAAAAUAGUGCUGUUACCAUACAGUCAGCUUGGAGAGGAUAUGAAGCUCGCAGGAAGUACCAGGAAAUAAGGAACAGAAGAACGAAUGCUGCUAUACAUAUUCAAGCAGCUUUCAGGGGAUAUAUUGUUCGUAAAAACUACCCAAGACUGAAGAAGAGCACUGGCUGCGUAGCAGAUUCUCAGCAUAUGAGCAGUUGCUCUAAUUCUGAUGUUGACUGUGAAGAGCACUGGCAGCAAACAAGUAACCAGUCCUCUCCUAUGGUGUCUGAUUUUCUCAACAAACAAACAAAAAAGAAGGAUUUGGAUGAGAUAGCUGCUUCUCCCUUUACUGUAAAAAAUACAUUCAAAAUGAGUGAUUCACAAUUAAUUAGCCAAUCUCAGUCAAUCGCAGACCAUCAGUCAAGUCCCUUGAGACCCCCUAAAAAAGGAGGUUCAGAAAACUGUCUUGAACAGAAGCUGAGAACACCUCGUCGACGAUGUCAGCAGCCCAAAAUGCUGAAUAGCCCUGAGGACAACAUGUACUAUAACCAGUUAAAUGGAACUCUAGAAUAUCAAGGGAGCAAGAGGAAGCCAAGAAAACUUGGCCAAAUCAAAGUCCUUGAUGGAGAGGAUGAGUAUUACAAAUCACUGUCAGCUGUUGAAUCUAUCCCUGAAGAUGACAGCUGUCUCAGUUCCCCAUCUCCUCCGUCUUCAAGAGAAGUGUCUUUUGCUCAAAGCUGAACUUAUUCUGUUGACUAAUGCUGGUACGUCAGAAGAUGAAAGAAAGAUGUGUUCAUAAGGUAAGUGGAAAGGACAGAACGUGGGGUCGGAGUUGUGCUUUUUUUUAAGGAAAGGUAAAGGGUUUUCUUUUAAAUCUUUUGGUGCUAAAAUGUGCUUUUAUAGUGUCAGAAAACUAAUGGCCCUGGCUGAAAUAGUAACCCUUGCUCCACUGGUUACAUGCUGAGAAAUCCGCUUUAUUAAGAAAUGGGAAAAUUUGCAUGAAAUCAGUAUCACAAUAUAGGCCAGUGGGCUAAGCUACCUUAGACAAUUUUUGAUAUUGUUCUGGAUGGAUCCUGUCUCACAGGUGCCCCUAUUUCUGUGUUCAGGCACCAUGUAUUUGCAGCUCCCCUUAUUUCCUAUUGUAAAUUCCCAUCUCUGCUCACUGUUGCUAUGAUGUGUUUGUAUAUUUCUGUUGGAUCCCAGUGUCACGUGCCAGCAGUUCUUUCAACCUACAUUGCAAGAUGUGCCCUCCCUAGAAACUCACAGUGUGAUCCUUCUGUUCAUACUAAAUCAUAGGUGGGUUUUUUUGAAAAUGUUAAAUUAUUUGCAAAUUUGGGAAGAUUGUGUAAAGUUUUACAGUAACUACAACUUAGCUAUUUCAAUUUGUAAAUUUGCACUUAUCUCUAAUAUUAACUUUAAAUACUGAAGAAGUAAGGACUAUAAAAUGCUGAUGUUGGGACUUUUAUAUCAGACAAAAUACACGUGUUACUGCUUGGUGAUAUUUCAAGCGCUUUGGAAGACAUCCCAAGAGUUCCUUAGUAGGGUAAAUCUCUCACUCUGUUCAGAUGGUUACAGGACAUCUGGGCACUUUUUAAUCAGCCUUGUUACAUUUCAUAGAUCUUGUCAGCUUAUCCCUGCACUGAGUGGUGAUAAGAAUAAUGCCGAGCUUGUUAUCAGAUCUUAUCACUUUCAGUUUCUCUGGUUAUUUCCUACCUCUUAUGAGAUUCUUGUGAAUUCCCUGGUAGAGAUGUGUGGCCUGCCACUCUGGCACGUGAUGGAGUCACCUUGUAGAUUUUCCUGACAAGCUUAUUAAAAAUACUUACACAAAAGGAUCGUCUCACAGGUACCUUCAAUAGCCUUGCAUGUAAACUGCACCAGGGACCAGGAGGUGUCAGACAAGCAGGCAGGCUCCCAGUCCUCAGGUAAGUGUCACAAGUGUCAGAAGGAUCCGAAGCCCUGCACUGAUGGAGUGAAUGGCUUUGAUCACAGCAAAUCAUCAGCAGAGUUGCGUAAUUCAAAGGUUGUUUUUAAAAAGGUUGUUGUUUUUCUUUCUUGUUAAUAUUCACUCCCAACUGAUUUCAAGUCAUACAGGUGUGUUUGUUUAUGGGUAAUGAAAACCAAAGAAAGUUCUGUUCUGACCUUGUUACUGUGACAAUUCAGCGGGAGAUUAUGGAUAGUGAAAUCUGGCCUUUAACCCGGAGGUCACUGAUUUUUCUUCUCAUCUCUCAAUUUUGUUGUGGAAGACAUUCACUGAAGCACACGGGAAAUCCCAGCACAUCCCUGACCCAGCUGGCAAUGACACUUCUGCUCAGCCAUGCUGGUCACAGCAGCCCAGCUGAGUGCUCAGGCCCCAUGUGCUCACUGGGGAGGGCCGCAAGUGCCCGCUCAGGACACACAGGUACGUGGUAAGUAUCCAUCUUCCCUGCAGGCAUCUGUGCAGGGAAUCCUGGGCUGCCAAGCACUGACGUUGGUGGCCAGGUGCUCCAAAUACUCUGUGAGUUUGUACUGAUGUAUGACUUGUGCUCAUAAACAGUCCAAGCACACAUUUAAUGGUGCAGAGACCUUGCACGGAGUUGUACGCGUUCAAAUUUCUCCAUCAGUGGCAGUAAGUCUCAAACUUCCUUUUACAUAAUUGAACUGCCAAAGAAAUCAUAAUAAUCUGGUUUAUGAUAGCUGUUCCCAUUCAACUCUGUCUAAACAAGGAGCAGUUUACCAGCGCAACAAUGUGUGCUAGAAGCCUUUGUAGUGUGUGCAUCACUAGAGCAACCCUUCUUCUCCUGCAUCUUUUCCUCCCCUCCUCUAGACUACAAGAGAAGGUGUGCCAGCAGAAGUGCUGCCUUGUCUGUACAGCUGCAUCUAUGGUCAAACUGUCACAGAGUCACAGAAUCAUAGAAACACACAUUAUAUGUAUUUUGUUGUGUUCCCCUUCUCUUCCCUGACAGGCAUAAUAGUGCAUGCAGCAGCAUGUGGUCAAACUCUGGCCUGCUCCAUUCUCAGUAAGCACAGAUUCAUUAUGGUUUGGAUUUAGUUGUUCUCUCUAGCCUAAUAUAAUAUACAAUCUGACUGAAGGUAGGAACCUCCCUAGCCUCCACCUGGCUCGUCUCAAUCCCCCUUCUCUAGGGCAGUACUCGCUGCUUUUUCUGGCCAUUGAUGCUGAUACUGAGCAAGUAACUCAGUUUAGGGAACAUCAUAAUUUGCCCUUCCUGCCAAUACGUCCUGUAACAAAAGGCAAUCUUUUUUAACAUUGGAAAUAUCCUGUUGCCAGGGAAUCACAGACUUUCGCCAUGACAGUGACAGAGGUAUUAUCCUAAGUGAGCGUGAUGUGACCACUGCAUUCAGUAUGGGAAGAAGGAUGAACCACAGAGGGAAAGAUAAGAACACUUUACUUUGGAGAUAUUUAUUUUUGAAAUGAAAAAUAAUAUUCAAAUAUGAUAAAUUGUGAUAAUAUUCGUAAGUUAAAUAUUUCUGCUUACAAAUAUCCGCAUCACCAGCUUCAUCAGAAUCAACAGCAUGUGCCUAUGAUUUUGUUUUCAGAAGGUAGUGUCUGUAAAAAUAAAUUCCUAUUAUCUGCA